UAGGGAUUCUAUUUGACCCGACCCGCAUCGUUGCUGAAGCGGGAAAGGGGAAACAGCAGGAGAAACCCUAGCUUGUGAUCCGAUUUUUUUCGAAUCGAGGCGGAAGAGGGGAAAAGGGAGGAACGUGAAGGCUGUUGGAGAGAAGGUCAGGAAGUGCUAAGAUGUCUGGACGGAAGGAAACUGUUCUGGAUUUGGCAAAGUUUGUUGACAAGGGUGUCCAAGUAAAGCUUACUGGGGGAAGACAAGUGACAGGUACCCUGAAAGGAUAUGACCAGCUGCUAAACUUGGUGCUGGAUGAAGCAAUAGAAUUUCUGAGAGAUUCUGAUGAUCCAUUGAAAACAACUGAUCAGACAAGGAGACUUGGUCUAAUUAUUUGCCGGGGGACGGCAGUGAUGCUUGUAUCACCGACAGACGGGACCGAUGAGAUUGCAAAUCCGUUUGUCCAGCCAGAGGGAGCUUAAACUGCUCGUUUUACCGGUUAAAUUUUAUAUGAUCACAGCAAACUCAUGUUUGUCUUGCUCUAGUUUUAUUCGGCCACAGUUUCAUCACAAACCCUUUGUACCAUUUUACUAUUUAUGGUUGCUAAUGAACUGCAGGCUUACUUGAACUCCUUCCAAGUCUUCAAAUUUGCAGACUCUUGUUAUUUGGAUAGUAUUUUAAAGGUUGCAAUUCUUAUGCCAAAGUUUGCAUCUUGAGAA